AUGUUUGUCAUGUCGGUGCUCAUGACGGUGGCGUUCAUCGUGGACGUGUCUGCUCUGUCGAUCGUGUUCACUGCGCUGUACGUGAUCGCGUUCGGCGUGACGCUGGGUCCCCUGGUCGCGUCGUCGCUGUGUAUUGGCAUGAACUGGUUGUGCAACCUCAUCGUGGGCGUGGCGUACCCGUACAUUUCGGACGCGCUCGACGACUACGCGUACGUUCCGUUCGUGGUGUUGCUGGCGAUCUUCUUCCUGCUGGCGCUGAAGUUGGUGUCGGAGACGUCGGGCAAGUCGGCCGAGGAGAUCCUGGCCGAGUACGACUCGCGUCGCGAAAAGUAA